AAUGUUGUACCGCGACAAAAACGUCAUUUCCGCCUGGUAACAAAAUAAGAGAUCAUUUGGUAGCUUCUAAAAUGAGUUUGUUUUUGCCGAAAUUAUCUUGCAAAAAAGACAUAGAUGAAGUUAUCAAAGGCGUAGCAGAAAAAGUCGUAGUUUUGCGGUUUGGGAGAGACGAAGACUCGGUUUGCCUCCAGCUCGACGAGAUUGUAAGGAAGAUUAUUAAUUUGUCUAAAACUGCCCAUGACCUCAGUAACAUGGCGUCGAUCUACAUCGUUGAUGUGGACAAAGCUCCCAUCUACACCAGAUACUUUGACAUCAGCUACAUCCCCUCAACUGUUUUCUUUUUCAACGGGCAGCACAUGAAGGUGGACUACGGCUCCCCAGAUCACACCAAAUUUGUCGGCAGUUUUAAGACAAAGCAAGAUUUCAUGGAUCUGAUUGAGGUCAUAUACAGAGGAGCCAUGCGGGGGAAGAUGAUCGUCCAGAGUCCCAUAGACCCUCAAAAUAUUCCCAAAUAUGACCUCCUCUACCAUGGAAUCUAGACUCAACAUGUCCACUGUGUGGCUCUAGGAUCAUAAUGAUUUCCCUCUGAGUGCAGAAUGUAAACAGAAGCUUUGUUUACUAGAAAACUCCACAGUGCACCUGUGUACACAUAAACACUGUUUGUCCAAACCUCUGUGGAAUACAGUCUGAGCAGAUGGAAAGAUGCAAUGGUUUUGAUUCCAUAGUCAAAUUGAAAAGUGAAACAUUUUUAUUUUUACAUAUUUUUUUUCUCAUUAGUUCAUGUUUGACAGACAGGAUGUGAGUUCUGAUGAUUGAGUUGAUUUUAUUUUUUUCUUGUGAAAAUGUCUUGUGCCAUUUUGAUAUUUCCCAUGGAAAACAGCUGUAUAUCAGCAGAAAGAUACAGUAACUUUACCCAGUGUACACAUCUUGCUGUUAUAAUAAACUUUUAUUUUUUAAGUUUU